GCCAACACCACCGACAUCAACCUGGACGCCCUGAGGGCGAGGCAGCCCACGAAGCUCCUGCAGACCGACAUCUUCAGCGCCGUGCCCCCGCAGGACAUCGUCGCGGUCGACCUGGCGGACAUGGCCUCGAGCGCGGUGAUGACCAACCCUGCCAGGGUGCUGUCCAUAUACCGCCGGCACGUCUCCAACGGCGACGCUCCAGACGCGGCCGUGCUCGUCCGCGGAUUUACGCAGCUUGGCUUCCUGUUCGACCCGAACUCCUUCUUCUCCUCGGCGGACCGGCAGAAGCUCACCUCCCACCGGACGUUCAGGUCGCUGGCGCACGACCUCUGCGGCGUGGUGGGCGACGUGCCCGACGCCUCCGCCCCCACGCUGCUGUACGCCAUGGCGUGCCUGGAGUACAGGUGCCCGCCGCUAAUGCCCCGCCUUCUGGACGCGGUGGAGCGGCACCUGAGGGCCUGGCGCACAGAGGUGCUCACGCUCUCGCUGCACUCGGCUGCGGCCCUGGGCCUCGGGCGCGCGCGGCUGGGCUCGCGGGACAAGAUCGUUUUCGAGUUCAAGGACGGCAUAGACAGCCGGGACUACAGCAGGACCUGCGACAAACUCGCGGAGGAGCUCUUGGAGAGGCUACUGCGGGAUGCAUCCGUGGAAGGGGGUUCGCAGGUUACCGAGGGCCUCUCGGUGCAGGACUGGUCCCGCGCGGCCUUUGCCCUCUGCAUGGCUGGGCUCUACGACUUCGGUGGCAAGACCGGCACCUUCCUGCUCCCGCUGGUGGUGGCGCGCGCGUGCGAGCAGGUGCACAACUCCGAGGACCUGGACGAGAGCGGCUGGGCGCAGUUCUUCCUGUACCAGACCCUGUACGCCGUGGACGUGGAGAAGCCCAAGUGCGAGACCGAGGUCAAGCGUGCCACGCCCAUGUGGAUUCAGGAGCGACUACACCAUCGCUGGCUUGAUAGCAUUGUGCUGCAGGCUCAGCCGCAGGGCGCCGACGAGAUGCAGCGGGACGUGGAUCGGGCCCUGCGCCGCACCAACACCCAGGCGCUGCUGAACUGCUCUUUCGGGAGGCCGUGGGACGAGCAGCACUGCUGGUUCGCUGGCUUCCGCCUCGAGCCGCAGAUCGCGCUGGAGUGCGACUCGAUGCUGCCCCUCGCCCCUGGGCGGCCCAGGACAUCUGGGUGGCUUGCCAUGAAGACCAGGAUGCUGCAGAAGAUGGGUUUCAAGGUGGCCACGCUGCACCGGUGCUUCUGGGAGGGCCUCACCGAGGACCAGAAGGACGAGCAACUCAUGCAACUGCGCGUGGAGGUGCACUACCGGCACAACAAGGAGCUGGAGCGGAGGCAGAAGAAGAUCCGCCAGACGCCGCACACGUACGCAGGCGUGGAGGCGCGCAAGUCCGACUGGUCCUACGCGCCGCCGUCGGAGGAGGCGGGCGCGCAGGCACCCACCGCCCACUUGUGGGUGCCCUGGCAGACGGGGCGGGCGGCCCAGGGGCGGGCACCGCACGUGCAGCUGGGGCGCGGGCACGAGGCGCAGCGGAAGCUGUUCGACUGGACCCCCGCCAGGAAGGGCUCUCAGCAGGUUCUGUGCGAGCAGGAGGAGCUCCUGAACUGCCUGGUCGAGGACGAGAAGGGCAGGGACCCGCUGGAGGACGACCGCGCCUCAGCGGGGGCGGAGAAGCGCGACAAGGACGGCUGGACUCCGCUGCAUUGGGCCGCGCAGGACGGGUAUGCGCGCCUGGCCGCCAAGCUCCUGGGGCUCGAGGUGGCCGUGGGCUCGCAGGACACCUGCGGGGCGACGCCGCUGAUGAUCGCCGCGUUCCACAACCGCAGGGACGUGGCCGAGGUCCUGCUGGCCGAGGCGAUGAUCGACGUGCGGCAGACGAACCACUACCUCAGCACCGCUCUGCACUACGCGGCGCAGCAGGGGAACUCUGAGAUCGUAGAGCUGAUAGCCCUGAAGAAUGCGGAGGUGGACGCCCUGGACAGGCACGGCGACACGCCGAUCUCGUGGGCCGCCAGGAACGGCCACUUCGAUGCGGUGAGGAAGCUGCUGGAACUGAGAGCAGACCCGCUUCAGGACAACAACGCGAGCAACGACGCAGUCGAGAUGGCGCGCGAUGCGGGCCACGUGGACGUUGUGGAGCUGCUCGAGGCCUACCUUGAGGAGCACGACCUGGCGGACACGGGUCCGCCGUGA